AUGUCUGAAGACGAUGCGGCCGCGGCGGCGCAGGAGCUUGAGGCGCUGCAGGCGAUCUACGGCGACGACGCUGGCGACGCGCCUGUGCGGCUGGAAAUCGCGUCGCCAUCCGAGUGGCGCUUUCGGCUCGGCGCAGAUGCAAUCCUGGAGGUGUUUGUGCCGCGUGACUACCCUUCGCUGCAGGCACCUACGCCCGUGCUGCACGCGCCGCGGCUUGGCGACCGCGCGAGUGCGCUGGUCGACCAGCUGCUCGAGCUCUACGAGGGCGCCGAGGCGAGACAUAUGCACACGAAUGGUCUCACGCUUAAGCACAGCACAGCGCUCAGCUACGUGAGCUGGGUCCUCUCGCACCUGCUCAGCGACAGGAAGAUCGCGGCGGCGAGCCACAACAUGGUCGCGUACAGCUUCGUCGACGCGAGCAGCGGUGUGCGCGUCUUUGACAAUGACGACGACGGCGAGGGCGGCAGCGGUGCGAAACUGGCGUCGACCAUCGACAACAAGGGCGCGCGCGAUGUGAUCGUGGUGGUCUCGCGCUGGUUCGGCGGCGUGCACCUCGGGCCGGCGCGCUUCAAGCACAUCGCGAGCGUCGCCGGCGCGCUGCUUGAAGAGCAGGGCUACUGCCGCGGCCGGACAGGGGGCGCGAGCCGAGGUAAUAAGAAGGGGGCUUGA